AUUAAUAAAUUUCACGCGUUGGUGUGGCAAUCAAGAAAUCCGUGGAAACCUCGCAGCAUUAUAGUAGUAAUUAGUAGUAGCAGCAUUGUCUUUUUCAUUUCAACGAUCUGAGAUUGAAAAGAAUGUUAAAAAAAUCUUUAAAAAAUGUUAGAUUUUAAUUGAAAACUUAAAUUCGUGAAGCGAACAACGACGCAGUAAUCUUCGUCUUUUUCGCCUUCGUUUAUAGGGGAAAAACUUGAUUGGAGAGAGAAAGGAAAGAGAGAGAAAAAGACGCCAUUUUUUUUUCUUCGUGAUCCUUCGUCAUUUCCGCCGAGAAAGAAAAGAAAAGAAAAGAAAAAUUAGGCUCAAAAAGAGAGAGAGAGAGAGAGAGAGAGAAAAAAGCGUCUUAGAUUUAGUUGAAGAAGUUCUUCACUUCCGCCACCAAUUAUGGCAUCAUCAGACAAUCAUCAGUCAGCUCUUCUCUCCUGCUAAGAUUUUUAGAAUUUGAGUUAUUUCAGCGUUGAAUUUCCUUCGACUGUUAAGCAUUUUCGUAGAAAUAGUUAGAUUCACUGUAGCUAUCAGGCGGUGCUGAAAUAAAACAAAAAACAAAAGAAAAGAAAUGGGUGAGAGUGAAGCUCACCACCACCGGCUUCACUCGUCGUUCGGAACGUCGUCGUCUUCGGUUCUGAAACAGCCUUUAGCGAUGGACCAACUCAACAUCCCUCAAUUGAACCCUUCCCAGUUCCGCCCCCGCCAUUUGCCUCCCUCACACCCCCACCAGAUCCCACCCAUUUCGCCUUAUUCCCAGAUCCCGGUAUCCCGUCCGGCCAACCCUCACAUGGGCUCGCAGAGUUUCAGCCUAGGCCCAUCCCAGGCCCACCACCAUUCCCGAUCCUUGUCCCAGCCGUCUUUCUUCUCCCUUGAUUCCUUGCCGCCGUUGAGCCCUUCCCCGUUUCGCGGGGACUCGCCGUCGUCCACAACGUCGGUUUCAGACCAAAUAACGACGGAUAUUUCGAUGGAAGAUAGAGAUAUGAAUUCUCAUUCUAUGUUGCCUCCGUCGCCUUUUAGUAAAGGUGGUGGUUCCUUGCCUCCUAGGAAGGCUCAUAGGAGGUCUAAUAGUGAUGUCCCAUUUGGGUUCGCUUCGUUUAAUCCAUUUGCGGGUUUGAAGCCGGGUUCGGGUAAUGCCCAGUUGGUGAAGAAGGAAUCUUGUUGUGAAGAAGGGAUGGGGGAGAGGAAAUCUGAAGGGGAAGUUGUCGAUGAUCUGUUCUCAGCUUAUAUGAAUUUGGAUGGUAUUGAGGCUUUGAAUUCUUCGGGGACUGAUGAGAAGAAUGGGAAUGGGAAUGAGAAUCGCGAGGAUUUGGAUAGUAGGGCAAGUGGGACGAAGACGAAUGGCGCUGAUAGUAGUGACAAUGAAGCAGAAAGCAGCAUGAAUUCUUUGAGUGAGAAGAAGGAAGGGAUGAAAAGGAGUGCGGGAACGGAUAUUGCUCCGACAACAAGGCAUUAUAGAAGUGUUUCCAUGGAUAGUUUCAUGGGAAAGUUGAACUUUGGUGAUGAGUCGCCGAAAGUGCCUCUUUCACCUGGUAAUCGACCCGGUCAACAUUCGCCUAGUAAUUCGAUUGAUGGUAAUUUCAGCUUGGAGUUUGGAAAUGGAGAGUUUAGUGGGGCUGAAUUGAAGAAAAUUAUGGCCAACGAUAAGCUUGCUGAGAUUGCAUUGACCGAUCCAAAGCGUGCAAAAAGGAUUUUGGCUAACCGCCAAUCUGCUGCGCGGUCUAAAGAACGGAAGAUGCGGUAUAUUUCUGAGUUGGAGCACAAGGUUCAGACUCUACAAACGGAAGCUACCACAUUAUCUGCACAACUUACAUUACUGCAGAGAGAUUCUGUUGGUCUUACUAACCAGAAUAAUGAGUUGAAGUUUCGUCUUCAAGCUAUGGAGCAACAGGCCCAACUCCGAGAUGCUCUGAAUGAAGCGUUAACUGCAGAGGUCCAACGGUUGAAGAUUGCAACAGCUGAGCUAAGUGGAGACUCUCUCUCAUCCAAGUGUAUGGUUCCGCAGCUUUCUAUGAACCCUCAGAUGUUCUCAAUGCAGCAGCAGCAGCAGGCUCCUCCUACCCAAUUCAACAUGCCUCACCAGCAACCGCAGCAGCAACAGCAAGCUUUGCCACUAUCGCAGAAUGGCAGCGCAACUUCAAAACCGGAGUCGAAUCAUUAAGCUCAAAGGAUGGGGUUGCCAUUAUUAAAUGGCAAUUCCUCUUCAUUGCUGGCAUUUACCAAUUAGUAUUAUCACUUCAGUGCAUUCAUUCAUUCGUUCUUUUGUCUUCAAGACUCCGACAGAACUCAAGUUGUGGUAUCAUAAACACGUCUUGCAUUAGAUGUCCACCUCGGGCUAUUGCAUGAAUUCGUAUACAAGUUCAUAUUUAUUAUAAUGUGUAUUGUUCUUUUGUUUGUUUCUGGUAGACAUGUUGGGAAGUACAAGCAUUCUUUAGGCUUGAUUUGUUCUGUUGUGAUACUAGAAGAGUGAAACUCUUCUUUGUUUUCGGUAAAGGAUGUCUAUUCUCUUUGUAUUAGGUUCUGAUGUCACUUUUAUUCCCCAAUUCUCAAUUAAAGUUGUUUUCUGUA